AUCGAUCUGUAUUAAGUCGAUUGUGCAACUAAUCGAUAUUCGAUAUUAUCGCCACACUCGAGUCAAGGCUUGAAUUGACUUGUUGGUGCUUUGAGGUUAAGGUAAAUGGAGAAUUAAGAUAAUCAGCAAAAUGUCGAUCAUCACACGAUUACGAGUGAAAAAUGCACGGGAAAUAGCAAAAAUAUCAAGUUUAACUUCGUCAUUUGCAACAAAAUUUGAGCCCCUGAGUCCCGUUGCAUCAGAUGAAUUCCGAGUCCUCAAAUUAAAACCAGACGCAGAAGAGGAGAAACAAUACCGAGUAAUUCGACGACUGGAAGUACCUCCGCCUCGAACGACUGUAAUGAAAUUUGACCAAGAUUGGGGUGCGGUCUGGCCUGCUGCUCGCAGUUUCCACCCAGCAACGGUACCUUUGCCUGUGCGUCAAGGAUAUCCCUUAAAGAACGCAGCUCCGCCCGACAAGUAUGGAAAUGCAGAGCUUAUGAAGAUACCUAAUUUUCUCCAUCUGACUCCACCUGUUAUAAAAAGACAGUGUGAAGCUUUGAAAAAAUUUUGCACUCCAUGGCCUGCUGGGCUAGAAACAGAUGAAAAAUGCGAGAAGCACUUUCCAGUUGAAGUGCUUACUUCAGAUUACUGCUACUCUUCUCCAACGAUUAGAGAACCCUUGGCCAGAGUUGUUACAAUCAGGCUAAAACUAUCUACUUUAAAUUUAGACCAGCACGCUAGAGAUAAACUACUUCGACUAGUCGGAGAUAGGUACAAUCCGGAAAACGAUGUGCUCACUAUCACUUCUGACCGAUGCCCGACUAGAAAACAAAAUUUCGAUUACACCCAGUACCUGUUAACUGCCGUAUACCACGAAUCUUGGCGCACAGAGCCAUGGGAAGCUGAGAAAUCUGAAGCUGACAUGGAGUAUUACGAUUGGGACAAGAGCAAGAGCCGAGAUGGAUUAAUAACACUAUAUUGUUGGCCAGAACCUCCAACAGAUAACGAUUAUGAAACUAUUCCACACGCUACAGAGUAUAAGAUCGCGGUUUCUGACCUGAUAAAUAACGGGGAGGAUGAAUAUUCACUAAACAAAUACAAGGAGGCAGUUAAAAACAUGCUUUCCUUACAGGGGGAGGAACAGAACUAAAUCAACGACUUAUAGUGUCGUUUUGAAGUAUGAAUAAAUCGGUAGCAUU